CGUGCAAUGGACAGGAAGCUGCAAAUGCGUCGCCGCUACGUGCUUGCAGUCCAGUGCGGCUGUCCAAUGCAAUUGCUGCCCACUUGUUGUUUUGCACUCGCAAGAGCUGCAGCGCUGGCCGGCGGCCGUGCGCUGGUUGCGACCGUUCACGACAGCUCGCAGAGCGUCUACAAAGUACCGUAGCAGCCGUCGCGCGAGAGGCAAAAAGCACAAGCAGCUAGCGGCAUAAGACAUACUAGAGAGCGGGAAGCGGGGUUUUCUUCCAGGCGCCAGAGCUCUUGUACGAGUAGAGUCAGAACACGAGGCCAUGCGGGCGAGAAUCGAGCAGGCCGAGAGGUACGGGGCAGCCCAACCGUUCACCUGGGGCUGCUCAUAAACAGCACGCGGUCCGCCGUCUCGUGGAGUCGCGCAAGCCGUGCGACCUACCAGGCUCGUGCAGGACCUGACGGCACCGCCGCAGCAGUAGCGUCGAGUCUCGCGCGCCGUGAGACCUGCCGUACCGGCAGUACAUCACAGGGACAAAGAUGCCUCUCGAACCGCUGCGCUCCAAGGUCGUCGGCGCCGGCGCACCUAAUAAAGAUGCGACCUGGCUGCCCGCGCCAUCAUCAACAGCAGGAGACCUCCUCUCCACGAAGAACUUCUACUUCGCCGAUAGGAGCACGCAAUUAGAUCUGGAGGCGAUCCGCGACAUCGAUCUGGAGCGCAUCGAGAAGGAUGUUGAUAUAGAAGCCCUGCAGAGGCACCUCGAGCCGCUCGUGUUCGGGAGAUUGCCGGAAGUGUUAGAUGCCGGCGAGGGGCACGCGGCCUUCCGGAAGCUGUUCCGCCUGUCUCAGUUAACUUUAGAAUAUCUGCUGAACGUGCAAGACGUAUUAGCUGAAGGGCUCGAUAAAGCUUCCCAAGCAUGCUCGGAGUCGUCUAGGAAUGCGGAGAGAUAUCGCAAGCGCGCCAAAAAAUUAGACGCUCGGGUGAAGAUGCUGGAAAGAGAUUUGGCCUCAAAAAGGGACGCGGCGCACGCCUACCAGGGCCUCGUCAUGUCGGCUUCCUCAAGACCUCCCGCACCGGUCGUCCAGCCCAUGUCCGUGGCCACGGAACCGUCCGUGAACUUUCCCCUUGGGGAUGCUACUGUCUAUGUGACGCUGCCCGACGGCACGGCGACGCAGCACGCCAUUCAAGAAGGUACUACUGCGGCGGAUUUGAGAAACAGGGCGGGGUAUACGGGCCGGACCUACUUUCGCGGUAGAAGGUUGGCUGCGGACGUCACCCUAGGCGACGCGGGCGUGCGCGACGGUGAUUGUAUCAUGGUCGUCCAGGACGGCCUGGAUCAGGGGCAACAGGAACCGUUAGAUGAUCGCAUCGCGGAUCUGGAGCGAUCCAUCCGCGGGGAGCUCGCCAUGCAGGUGCAGACGCAACUCGCGGCUCUACGCGGGUCAUUACCUUCUCAGUCACAACCCGCACAGCCUCAGGGCUGCCUCGCCGGCGACUUGGAGGACGACGACGAGGCCGUUGACGACGAGACGGGGAUGCAAACCGUCCUCACGUCGCCGUUCGACGCGUCGCAGAGUGGCUUCUUCGGCGGCCCGUCGCCGCACGCCGGCGAUUUGAGAGCGAUGGAGACGCGGCUGAGCGCCCAGAUGGACGCGCUCGAGGCCAAGAUGUCGGAGCUCAUGGGCGACGCCGUGCACCGCGUCACCUUACCUAGAGCGACGACGCCGGUAGCACCCGCGGUGAAACAGAGCGCGCGGAAGACGACGCCGCGGCCCGUGCCGGCCACGCCGAAAGCCACGACGCCCUACGCGGGCGCCGUCGAGGACGACGUCGAGGACGAGGAACCGCCCCGCGACGCGAGCUUCGAGUUCUCGUGCGUGUUCGGGGAAGGCGCGUGGCCCGUAAAACCGAAGGGCAAGCUCUCGCUCGUCGUGGCGCCGGAGGAGACGAUUGCGACGGUGCGAUGCGCCGUGGCCGCGAAGCUGGACCUCGAGGUCGAUCGCAUCCGGUUACGGGAUAACACAACGGGUGAGGAUAUUGGAACCGCGGCGGACUUGGAGGAGGCGGACGUCGUCUGCCAGAUCGUGCGCGGCGAUCUUAUUAGUGAUGGGCAGGUCGAGGAUUUGGCACGCCUCAAGUCCAUCCUGGGCGAUAAUGCAAUCGACGAGUCGACGGCGGCGCAGCGCGAAGCACUAGAUGCGUCCGUCGAAGCGCGACGGGCCGUCUGGCGGGCCGUGCCGCCGGCGCACGGCGCGGCGGCCGCGACGCGCGAGGACGUCGUCCACCUCGAGGUGCGGCUGAACGCGCUCCAGAAGCUCGUGGCUUCCAUCGACUCGACGACGACCUGGGACGCGGAGAUGGUCGCCAAGGUCGACGAGGCCUUGUCGGCGUUCGGCGGCGGGCUCGAUCCGGCCGUCAACGCGGCCGUCGCUCGUAUAAGGGCCCGCGUCGACGAGCGGGCCGCGCUCGUCGCGGAGCGCGUGGCGGAGUAAGGGUUCUGCUCUAAGCAAGACUAGUGCUGCAGCUGCGGCGGCGCUAGUGGCCUCGCGCUAGACGAUCCUGGCUGUUUUUGCUCAGUGCUCGCUGC